GUGGAGCAGAUGCGCGCAGCUUCUCUCAGAACAUGCAACCUUCACAUCACUGUAGAGCUAAAGAAGUUACUUUUUUCAAUCCACACUGGGAAGCAUUUAUAGUUUACCCAUCAACGCUCAAUUAGUUUUUUUUGUUAAGUAAGAAGGCUGAUGACAAGUUGGCAGGAUAGGCAGAGAAGCGCGCAGUGAUCCGGUGUUGUGCACAGGACGCGAUGGAGGGCAACGGGCUGCUCCGAUGUAAGAUCGUGGUGGUCGGUGACACGCAGUGUGGAAAGACGGCUCUCCUUCACGUCUUUGCCAAAGACUCAUACCCGGAGAAUUAUGUUCCUACGGUGUUUGAAAAUUACACGGCCAGUUUCGAGAUCGACAAACAGCGUAUCGAGCUCAACAUGUGGGACACAUCAGGUUCAGCCUACUAUGACAACGUGCGACCAUUAGCUUAUCCCGAUGCGGACGCUGUCCUCAUCUGCUUUGACAUAAGUCGCCCAGAGACGCUGGACAGCGUGGUGAAAAAGUGGCAAGGAGAGACGCAGGAGUUCUGUCCCAAUGCCAAAGUGGUGCUGGUCGGCUGCAAGUUGGACAUGAGGACGGACGUCAACGUCAUGAGGGAGCUGUCCAAACACAGACUCAUCCCCGUCACCCACGAACAGGGUACUCAUCUGGCGAGACAGAUUGGCGCCGUGGCCUACGCGGAGUGCACCUCCAAAUACUCAGAGAACAGCGUCCGGGACGUGUUCCACGUUACCACCCUGGCCUCGGUGACCCGCAUCCACAGGCCCACGCUGAAGCGUGCCGGCUCGCGACGUGGGCUCAAGCGGGUUUCCCAGCAGCCGCCUCGGACUGAGAUUCACGAGCACCCGCCUGCCAUGAGGAAGGAACGGGCCAAGAGCUGCGUGCUCAUGUAGAGCCACGGGCGAACUUUAUUUAUUGUGUUCAAGUCUUUACACUGCUUUAAAAAGGAGGGUGUGAGGAAGACGAUAUGGCAUGGAUCCAUGCUCCAGUAUGUCUUAUUUGAAAAUGUUUCUAAAAUUUUGUUAAGGUGUUAAAUGAAGCACAGCAAGCAGGGAAGUAAACCAUAACUGCUGGUAAACAUGCUAAGCUGUUCCUUCUUAAAUGACAAAAUCUGGACACACUAAGCCCAAACAGGCUUGCAUAGCACACAUUUCCUAAAACCACAAGUGCUUUUAACAAUAACUAAAACAAUGAUAGAUACUUGAUUCAUCUCCAGGAGAAAUUCACGUCAAAGUCAGUGACUGACUAUAUAAUACUUAUGUGCUGUUUAAUCAAUCGUACUGGAACACUGCCCAAUGGGAAGGAACAUGACAGAGGUAAGACAGGAAAUGUUAUGUUGUUUAUGUGAUUAUGAAAUAAAUAACUUGCAUAACUUAUAUGAAACUCAUACGUAUGCUAUAUUUGUUGUUUGGGCCUUGUCCACAUGAAGAUGAGCAUUUAAAAACGAGCAUUUUCCAUACAUUUUGACCUUUUCUAGGUUAGUUUUGGGGUCCCUGACUUUUAGGAAAACCGCGCCAGUUUCUCUAAAACUUAAAAAAUGAUUAUGAGAUGGGGGAUCCUUUUAGUUUUUAAAAAGUCCUCCAAGACUAAAAUGACCUUAUUGUGGGUUAAAGUGCCUCAUGUUGCUUUGGAGUUGAGGCAGUGUGGUUUUAAACAUUACCUGAUCUUUUACACCCUUGUUUUAUCAUCGCAAUCUUAUCUAUGAACAACAGCUUGCAAAGAUGACCUGACCUGAGUAGUCUCAGAAAUAACAAAAAGCACCGUAGUGUACUGGAACGAAUACAGAUGCCUUAUUAAAAAAG